GAUUCCUCACACGGCACAUGGGGACAGCUUGAAGGGGACCUAAAGGCGGAUAUCCACAAACCGACACACUGCAAACACCAGGCAGCGUCGCCAGAGACGGACCUCCGGUGUAAAGGCUGCACUCUUUGACUGGAUGAAAAGGUUCUAGAGGAAGCUAUUAAUAAAGCAUCCUGGGGUAAUAGUUUCAUAUAGGCGGUGCCAGCAGGUAAAAGCACAACAGGCAUCAUGGAUGGAGAGUCACCCAGCCAGGAGCUGCAAGAGGCCGUGGAAACAACCCAACAGACUGAUGACAACAACAACAAUGACCAGGAAAAAGAGCCAGAACCAGAACCAGAGGACAACAAAAACCCAAUUCAAGAGACAUCAGCAGUGGAAGGUCACAGUGUCACACGAGAAGAUGAUGGAAAAAACAGAGAACAAGGAGGUGAUGAUGGAGGUAAAGACAUAUCAGAGUCCAUGGAAAAACAUGUUGAAGGGCAAGAAACCAAACAAGAUAAGGGACAAACCUCGGUUAGUGAUGAUUUGGAGAAUCCUAAACCUAUAAACAAAGAAGGAGAGAAAGAGAUGGAGGGAGAGCAGAAAGGUCAUCAGGUGGAAGACGUAAAGAAAGAUGAGAAAGAAGAUGAGGUGAAGGAGAAAAACAAAGAGAAAGAUGACGAUAAAGCCGUGGGAAAAGCAAAAGAAGAUGUAAAAGCAACAAAGGAGGAAGAGAAGAAACAAGUUGAAGAAUCAGCUGAAAAAUCAAAGGAGAAAGAAAAUAAUACAGAAGUAAAGAAAGCAGGGAAAACAAAAAGAAAGAGUGGUGCUGCUCCUCCGUCUGCUCUGAUGCGGCCUAAGGCCUCGGCUCGGUCUGUCAGAGCAUCUGCAAAAAAAGACAUUAUUGCUAAGUUCCAACAAGGUGCACCAGAGACUCCAAUUCCACGCAACUUCAAAAUUCAGAAGUCAUCUACAGCUAUGGCCACAGGAGCUUCCAUCAAACAGAAAAUUCUUCAUUGGUGCUGCAACAAGACUCGCAAAUAUGAGGGUGUCAGCAUAGAAAAUUUCUCAUCAUCCUGGUGUGAUGGGAUGGCCUUCUGCGCGCUGAUCCAUCGCUUCUUUCCCGAUGCUUUUGAUUUCAACUCACUGAAACCAGAAGAAAGAAAGAAGAAUUUCACUCUGGCCUUCCAGACUGCAGAGUCCCUGGCUGACUGCUUCCCCCUGCUGGAUGUGGAUGACAUGCUCAUGAUGGGGGACAAUCCAGACCCCAUGUGUGUGUUCACCUACGUCCAGUCCCUCUGCCAGAACCUCACAAAAAUAGAAAAGGAGAGGAAGGGUAAAGAAAAGGAGGAAAAAGACAAGAAUGACAAGGAGAGAGAAGGCAAAGAAGAGGAUGUGGUAGAGGAGAAGGAGGAGGAGAAGGAUGGCUCGCCUCCUGAGAAGAAAGAUGUUGAAGGAGAGGAAGCCGGAGAAGAGGAGAAUGUACCAGAAAGCUGUGCAACAGAGGGAGAUGCAGGCGUGUUAGUUGGCGCGGAAUCGUAAAAUGAUGACAACCGUGAAAAAAGAUAAUAAAAAAAAGACCAAAAGAUUGUUGUACAUUGAGAAAGUCUUAGUUUGUUGUUGGCAUGACGACUGCUGCACAUCAUCUUUACUAACACUUACUGAAAUGCUGUCAGUGUGAAGUUACAAUGAGUUGUGUCGAUUGUGCAUCUGUAUUCUGUUUCUCCCUCCAACCAUUUGUUGUGUUGCAUGAAAUUGUUUAACAGAUAACUGAGUAAUCUUUGGUUUUUACAUCUGUUGUGUAGAAAAUAAAAUGUCACUGGU